GCUAGUGAACACAGCACAUGUGUAUGACCUUCACAGCGGUCAUUGGUAUAAGAUGGAUGACAUGCAAACAAAACGUGAUUACUGUUCUUCUGUUAUUAUAAACAACACAGUGUUUGUAGGGGGAGGAGUGACUGAUGGACAUAACUCUAGUAAUAUUGUUGAGUGUGCAGAUGUUCGUGAUAGAAAAUGGAGAACAAUCCCCUCUACAACCACAUAUAGACCUACACUAACGUCAGUCAGUAACAGACUGGUGGGGACUGGAGGAAAGACACAACAGAGGUUUGGUUCUCCUUCUACUAUUGUAGAAUUAUAUGAUGAGAGAUCUACCAAAUGGCUUCCUCUUCCACUCAUGACACACAAACGGUGGUUACAUGCUGCAUUCUCAACUCAGAAUGGAGAACUCAUCACAGCAGGAGGGAUGGGUGGUGAACAUUCAAUAGAAAGUCUUAAGUGUGACUAAUAUUUGCAUUUUCUUUCAAUUUUUGUGUAUUUUUUAUAUUAUAAUCUCUAGUGAUUGUCCAAGAGACGAUUUAGUGUGUGUAACAUAAACUAGAUCCUGAACGUUGUUUUCUUAAUUAGUAGUCACGUGAUUUGCAUGUUCAACGAGCAGUCGUGAAGUGGAAAAAGGAAUGCAAGCGUUGAACAUCCGGGAGAGUUUGUGGUUAAUUUCUAGCUUUAAAUGUUUGUUCGUGUUCGUUGCUCUUUGGACAAGCGUAGCAGUAAAUCUGGUUUCAUAACGCAAAUCACUGAGAAGUUGGCGAGGUUGGACUUGCCAGAUUGAUAAACGUGCUUCGUAGCUUUGAUAUUCCUGUUGAGAGUGGAGAAAACGACGAAUUGAAGUGAAAGUUGUGAGACUAAUUUUGAGUCUGUGAUUUGAUAUCAUCAAGAGUUGGAGUUUGGCCAUUGCAAAGUGGUCGUUGACUAUUGCACGUGGAGAAGGCUUGAAGGCGUGAGGCUGUGGAGCAUCAAUGAGAUGCUCAUUUCCUUAUGGAUCUGAAUGUCAUUCGACUGACGGCUGUCAACAGCACCGAGUUCUUACUGCAAGCUCCAGACACUGAGACUGGAGAUAGUUGGGCUGAGGUGAUCGGUGAUACGAUACGACAGCUGGAGCAAGACAAAACGAUUGCGAAUCCAAUGGUUGCUGAAUGUGACAUUCGUUCAACUCUCAGGCCAUUGCUUGAUGCUCGUAAUAGUGAACUGAUAGCCGCCAUGCAAGACCCUGAUGCCGGCGUUUCACUCGGCGAGCACAAGAAUGGACUGAAAACAUACAAAGACUGUUUUGCUGGUUGUGAGUUAAUUAAGUGGUUGUUGUUGUGGUCGUUUGUCACAAUGAGGGAGGAAGGAUGUCAAUUAGCAAACAGUCUGUUGAACAAAGCGUGUCUUUAGCCAGUGGGAGGGUUGAGUAAAGAGUUGUUCCAGAAGCAUUCACAUUCGAAGAAGUUAGCAUUUGUGGAUGGUUGUUUCAGUACAUUGUCAAGAAAUGCAGAAUUGACCAGUUCAGAGACAGACUCGGG